CCAAGACGCAAUUUCAUAGCAAAGUGCAAAACUACCCAAGAAUUAUUUUCUUCUUCCAUGGCUUCCUUUCCUCUCAUUUUCUCCUUUCUAUGUCUUGUUGCCAAACUCUGUCAUGCUCAGUCACCAGUUUCUUUUGUAAUCCCAGUCACUAAGGACAAUUCAACCCUCCAGUACUUAACAACCCUUUCUUAUGGCACCCCUCUCUUACCCACCAAGCUCGUGCUUGAUCUUGGAGGUCCUUUCCUCUGGCUUGACUGUGCAUCCAGAAACAUGCCAUCAUCUUCAACCCUUACCACUCCUCACCGAUCAAUUCAAUGCCUUACAGCAAAAACCCAUGAAGCUGAGGCUACUUCGUUUCUGUCCAGUCCCACAGAUCAAGACCAGUAUCAGCCAUGUCAAGUUUUCCCAGAAAACAGCAUCACUGGGACAGUGGCCACAGAAGGAGAGUUUGUACAAGACCUCAUGUCUCUCCAAUCAACUCACAAGUUAGAAACCAUACACCAAGUACGCUUCACCUGUUCACCAAGCAUGCUCUUGAAUGGCUUAGCUAGGGGUGCUAAAGGCAUGGUAGGUCUUGGUAGGUCUCGCUGUUCCCUUACAUCACAGGUUUUUGAUUCCUUCGGCACCCACAGAAAACUCACUCUAUGUCUCUCAUCAUCAACUGGGGUUAUACUUUUCGGCAACAUGGACUAUGAAUCUCCUUCUGGAGCUGAAAUUCUAAGAUCUUUAACGUUCACACCCCUUAUUACCAAUCAAAACCAGAGAUACCCAUCACAGGAAUACUUCGUCAACGUCAACUCCAUCAAAAUCAAUGGAAAGCGAUUGUCUUUCAACACGUCAUCAAAGUCCCAAGACGAAGAGGACAAUAAUGGAGGGACUCAAACUCAGUUGAGCUCAAUUGUGCCUUACACUACCAUGCAGAGCUCGAUCUAUGCUAUUUUCAAGACAGCUUUUGUGGAUGCUGCUAUGUCUAUGAACAUGACCAGAUUGGCUUCGGUGGCACCCUUUGAGCUCUGUUUUAGCUACAGAGGAAUUGGAAGGUCGCAAGUGGGGCCCAGUGUGCCAAUUAUUGAGUUGGUGCUGCAGAGUGAGAUGGUGAAAUGGAGCAUAUAUGGCAGGAACUCGAUGGUGAGGGUGAGCAAUGAGAUAAUGUGCUUGGGAUUCUUGGAUGGAGGUGUGAACCCAAGAAAUCCCAUUGUGAUUGGGGGAUAUCAAUUGGAGGAUGUCAUAGUGCAGUUUGAUUUAGCUACUUCCAUGGUAGGAUUUAGCUCUUCCCUUUUGACCAAGAAUACUCGCUGUUCGGAUUUCAAAUUUGGUUCUAUUCAUGCAGCAUCAGUUUGAGUAUUGACCAUCGUUUUGAUGAUGAGGGUUAUACUACUAAGUUUUCUCAAUUUUGUAAGAAUUUGAUUUUUCUGUAGGUUUUUUUUUUUUUUUUUUUUUUUUCUUUUUUGAGGGAUGGGGGUGUGUGUGUGUACUAUUUAUUAGUUGUGAAAGAGCUUGAGAUAUUAUGUAGCUCGUGUAGA